AGCCUCCGUGAAGACAACAAAUUCUUUUCCUGGAAUCGCCCGAGCCACUGCAACGCAACGUCUGGCCAACUGCGCGUGCGCACCCCUGAUUACGCCCUAGACUUAAGACAGGGGCCCACCUAAGAGGACUGCACUGCGCAUGCUCAGCCGCAAAGGCCUCCGGGAGAGGGGCGGAGCCGGCGGGGCUCUGCAAACCCGUGUGGAGCUUCCCGCCGCGGGCUUGGGGAGGAGUUACUUGGCUUCGUGCAGAAUCUCAGGCCGGCUUUUCCUGAGAGAGGCGGCGUUUCUCCGGUCCCGAGGAGGGUGACGCGACAGGCUCCACAGUUGACUACUGACUUUCAGCCUUCUCUGGUAUCACCUGGCAUGAAUAAAAUGCUUCCUGCAGUUCCAGCCACAGCUGUCCAGCUUUCCUGUUGUGGUUGUAAAAGAGUUUUACAGGAGGGGCAGACUGCUUACCAGAAGAAAGGGUCUGCUGAGCUCUUCUGCUCCAGACUCUGCAUCAAUGAAUACACGUCAUCCACCAUCUCACCAGCUCCCAUCAAGAGGAUGUGCUUAAACUGCUCAAAAGACAUUUUAAAUCAGAAGGAUAUGAAGAAUGUCAAGUUGAAGGACAGUAGCUGCAACAAAAACUUUUGUAGCCAAUCUUGCCUUUCAUCAUAUGAAGAGAAAAGAAAUCCAUGUAUUACCAUGUGUACUGAUAGCACUUUGCCGAAGUGCAGCGUGUGCCAGAAGACAUCUACUAAACCACCCAGAAUACUUAGAUCUUUUCCUUGCAAAACACUGAAACGCUCAGAUGAGAUGAUUAUGAUUACUAAUGACUUGGGGAACAUAGAGGUUUUCUGCUCUGUUUGUUUUUCUUCAUACGACAGUUCUGUGAUGGAAUCUUCGACAGUAAAUGUUUCCAUGGUACACAAAGCUUCAAAAGGAAAUCUUUCUCCAAGGAAAUACCCAAUUCCAGUUAUAAGCAAUAUAAUGUCAUUGGUAAAUGAUCAUGUUGACCUGCUCAUGAACAUUGAUCUCUUACAAGGUUCACUUUCUUCUAUACCUACAAAUGUCAUUAUACAAAACUCACCCAGUGAAUCCAGUAGUCGUGUUGGUAAUAGUGUGGAACAACCCAGCCCUCUCCCAUCUUCAUCGGUGCACUUUGAGGCCACAGUUGGUCCCAAUGUGGAAGCACAGAGCAACAGUGGGUCACACCAGGGACACAACAUAGAAUCUAUGGAAGUACAUGACAGACCUUGUUAUCCAAAGUCUACGUCCACAGUCCAAAAAGUUAAAAAAGAAUCACAAAGUAUUAGAAAAUCUUGGCGCUCGGGUCCUCAGCAUUUGAACCCCAGUUCUAGGAAUGAUGUUGCAUUCUGCUAUUCUUGCCACUUGUUCUACCAGAAAAAUUUUAACUGCCAGGGAGAAUCAUUUGCACCCCAAGGAACUGCUGACUGGGAGAAAAUGCUAGAAAAAUUCAAGAAGCAUGAAGAAAGUGAAGUGCACUUAAAGUCACUGAAGUUUUGGAAACAGUACCAGUUUCUGGAUGAAAUGCCACAUGAUGGUUCUUCUGUUUAUUCAAAACGUAUUGAGGGAAAUAAAAGGUACCUAAAGCUCAUCAUUGAAAACAUCUUAUUUCUUGGAAAACAGUGUUUGCUCUUAAAAGGAAAUGACCAGUCUAUCUCAUCCAUUAAUAAAGGCAAUUUUUUGGAAUUACUAGAAAUUAGAGCAAGAGAUAAAGGAGGAGAAGUGUUUGAGCUUAUGAAUUCACAUGUUGACUACUAUCGUAGUACACAAGUCCAGGAGGAGAUUGUUGAAAUAAUAAAGGCUGAAAUCUUGCAAGACAUUGUGAGUGAGAUCAAUGUCUCCUCAGCUUUUUCAAUAAUAUGUGAAGAGACAACUGAUAGUGCCACAAAAGUUCAGCUUUCAGUGUGCGUGAGGUACCCACAAAAAACCUCAAGUGCUGUCCUGGUUAAGGAAAGGUUCCUGGGGUUUGUUAAUAUUGACAAGAUGACUGCAGUCCCUGUACACAGGCAUAUCAAAGCUUACCUGCAGCAGGUCGGGAUUGAUUUUAGUAAGAUAUGUGGUCAAGCCUAUGAUAGUGCCACGAAUUUGAGAGUAAAAUUUAAUGAAGUUGUAGCAGAAUUCAAGAAGGAAGAGCCAAGAGCUUUAUAUAUACAUUGUUAUGCACAUUUUUUUGAAUUAGCAGUCAUUAGUUUUUGUAAAGAAGUAAAAGAACUCCGAAGCACACUAAAUGGUCUCAGUUCUUUGUUCAAUACUGUUCGUAUGUCAGGGGAAAUGUUGGCAGCUUUGCAAACCAGGUGUAAACUAAGUCAAAAUAAAACUUGUAAGAAACACACAUCACAGUCAUGCUGGACAGCCCACGAUCACUUGUUACUGUCUGUGACGGAGUGUCUUCCAGAGAUCAUUGAGACACUAAAAGCGGUGUCUUGCCGUUCCUCAGGCACAGCUAUAGCUGACCAACUGAAUGAUCUGUUGGUGGUGGUUACCAAGUUUGAAUUUAUAUUCUGUUUGAAAUUUCUUUAUCGAGUACUCAGUAUUACAGGAAUUCUUUCUAGAGAGUUUCAAAGUGAAACUGUAGACACCUUUUCUUUGUUUUCAAAAAUAGAAGCAAUUUUGGAAUGUUUAUCUUCUGAAAGGAGUGACAUGUAUUUCAAGAGUAUCUGGGAUGGAGCAGCUGAAAUAUGUAAAAAAAUAACCCGUAAAGGUUUUGAAGUUGAAAAGCCCUCUUUUCAAACAAGAAGAAAAAUUCAGAAAACAGAUCCUGACAACUCAGGGAGUGUGUGUUGUCCUACUUCAGCACAUGAACACUAUAAAAUUAAUAUUUACUACCAAGGUUUGGAUAGUGUAUUAAAAAACUUAAAGUUAUGUUUUUCAGAGUUUGACUAUUGCAAAAUGAAACAAAUUUCAGAGCUAUUAUUUAAAUGGAAUGAGCCCUUAGAUGAAGCAGCCGCAAAACAUGUUCAAGAAUUUUAUAAGCUUGAUGCAGACAUUAUCCCUGAACUUAGAUUUUACCGACAGUAUGCAAAUCUCAACUUUGUUACAGAUUAUGGUUCUUUAAGCUUCAUUGACCUUGGCUGUUUGUUUAGUCAGCAUGGUCUCCACAAUAAUAUUCCUUGUAUCUCGAAACUGUUACAUAUUGCUUUAUCUUGGCCAAUUACUUCAACAAAUAAUGAAAAGUCAUUUUCCACACUGCCUCAUCUUAAAAAAUACUUACUUCAUACCAUGGGACAAGAGAAACUUACUGGCCUGGCUCUGAUGGCAGUUGAGCAAGAACUUGUAAAUAAAUUGAUGGAGCCUGAAAGACUCAAUAGGAUUGUGGAAAAGUUUAUUAGUCAAAUGAAAGAUACAUAAGGCUUACAACUCAAACUCAAGAAUUUUGUGUUUUUAUUGGAAUCGUAAUAAAGUUUUGUUGUUUGUUCUUUAGAGGUAGUCUUAGUAUGUUGCCUAGGCUAGUCUUGAAUUUGUGAGCUCCUGUGACCUGCCUACUUCUACAUGCUUUUUCUCCAGUUGACAGACUGUGUGUUAGGCCCAUGUACAUUUAACACAAUUACUGAGCAACUACUACAUACCACAUACCAGAUACUAUUGUAAGUACUGGAGAUAUAGCAGAGAAUUAGGACUCUAGAGUCCAGUGGAACUUAGUUUUCUUUAACUUUUUUCUUCUUUUGGUUUUUCAGAACAGGAUUUCUUCAUAUAGACUUGGCUGUCCUAGAACUCGCUCUGUAGAUCAGGCUGGCCUUGAACUCACAGAUCCGCCUGCCUCAACCUCCUGAGUGCUGGGUUUAAAAGUGUGCAUCACCACUGCCCAGCUUAUUGUGUACUGGUAGAGACAUGGGUGGCUUUGAGCUUAAGGUUUGAAAUACAGGUUGACUAGGCAGUGGUCACCCCUUAUUAUCUGUUUUAGCUCAUUCCAAGAGGAAUGAGGGCUGGCAAGUAGAAUUUUAGCAAAGCUGAGUUCAGCUUUGGGUUUCUCACCUAUCUGCCUCAUUUUAAAGAGUAAAGGGAAGAAGUUUAAACAGGCAGUAUCUGACCAUCAUUCAGGAGUAGGGAACUCAUUCCAGGUUCUCAGAGAACCUUGAGCUCAGAUAUAGUCAGUCCAACACUUUACCUGACCUUUGGGCCACCAGUAGUCACUUGGUCAAUCCUACCAAAGGUAGACUAGAGGGAGUCUGGCCCCCAAGCCCUCUGAGGCACUUGUUAGGAAGGAAGAGGGCCCCUGGGUUGCCAGGAUAGAAGGGAUCUGGUGAGGGUGGCAUUUCUUGUGGACUGGACAAAGAGUAGGGUCACCAAGACUAGAACCAAUUCCAUGGGAGCUACAAGCCCCUAGAAUUGCUCCAUGAUCUGUUUGUUUCCUUUGACUCUCAUUACUCCUGAACUGCACCUGUGCUGGCAAGCGGGAGGUGGACAGUUUACUGGUUCUCCAGUCAUGGUCUGGUUAGUCUCGUGUAUUCAUUGCCCAAACUCACUCAUCCCUUGUGGUUUCUGCAAGAGGUCUUUUGCUCUGUUGCUAACCACCCAGUCUUUACUCUGAGGUGUAACACACCCUGGGUUUAUUGACCUUCACAGACUUAGGAAAAAUGAAAACCCAGAGAUCCUUAGCUAUGCAGUCUGAGACCAGCAAGAGGCAUGGGCAGGCAGGCACAAGGCUUAUGUCUUCAGGUAUGAGAUUCUGUGGCUCUCCAGCAUGCAGGAAGAGGCUCUCACACUUGAGGUUCUAGGGCUGGUGACUGGCAUGAGGAAAAAGUUAGGCCAUCAUGUAUUUUUCUUACAUUAGGAAAAGCAGUUUUUAACAUGCUACUAGGAUAAAAUUAGCCAGGCAGUGGUGGUGCCUGCCUUUAAUCAGAGUGCUAGGGAAGCAGAGGUAGGUGGAUAUCUGAGUUCAAAGGCAUCCUGGUCUACAGAACUAGUUCAAGGACAGUCGAGACUAUGAAAAGAAAUCUUGUCUUAAAAGGAAAAACACCAAAAACGAGUAACUUUACCCAGCCACAUAUCACUCAACACAGUCUUUCCUAGGACACCUAAUGUUGAAGUGGACAUAGAGGUUGAGGUCAUGUAUCUCUUAUACUUUAAUCAGGGCCUGGGCAUACUUUGACAUUUCCACCAUGUCCACCUUUCUGCAUUGUUCCCUGUUUGCUGUUACCAUUCCAGUGCACUCAUUAAUAGCUGCUUAUUGGAAAUAAAAGGGAGUUGAUCUUAUAGUGAA